AACCAGCCAGUCAGCAGUCAGUCAAUCACUUCCUGUUUACGUUUCCACAAACGACGUCACGCGGACAUCUAGCGUCUAACAAACAGUUUGAAAACCGAAACAGUAGAUAACUUGAGAAACAGGCCAUAAAUAGUUUCAUCUCCAUCUGAGCUUCUUUCCGGAGCACCGGGGAGAGUGGACGACUCACGGUUUCAGCUGUCCUGCUCAUAUUUGAGGAACGAACCAAGCUAGCCGGGUUGCUGAGUUAAGCUAACGUUAAAUUGGUAGCCGGGAGCUAAAUUAGCUAGCGAGUUAGCAACAGAAACUCAAUAGCACUUCAUCAUUAAACAGAGUGCUCGACGUCUCUAGAUAUGGAGAAUAAAUAUAACCUCAAGAGUCCAGCGGUAAAGAGGCUGAUGAAGGAGGCUGCUGAACUGAGGGAUCCCACAGAGCACUACCAUGCCCAGCCACUGGAAGAUAACCUCUUUGAAUGGCACUUCUCCGUACGCGGGCCCCCAGAUUCAGAUUUCGACGGUGGGGUUUACCACGGCAGGAUCGUGCUUCCCCCAGAGUACCCCAUGAAGCCCCCCAGCAUCAUCCUCCUCACACCGAAUGGAAGAUUUGAAGUUGGGAAGAAGAUUUGUCUAAGCAUCUCUGGCCACCAUCCAGAGACUUGGCAGCCCUCGUGGAGCAUACGAACCGCCCUAAUAGCUAUAAUCGGAUUCAUGCCAACAAAAGGAGAGGGAGCAAUAGGAUCUCUUGAUUAUACCCCAGAGGAGAGGAGGGCCCUUGCCAAAAAGUCCCAAGACUUCUGUUGUGAGGCAUGCGGCUGCUCCAUGCGCUCAGCCCUCCUGGCUCUCACCCCCAACAGCAACCCUAGCCCCGAGGACCACAAGGCAAAAGAACUGGCCCAGCAAAUCAACUUCAAGGCAGAGUCCAGUAUAUCCAGACAGCCAAGUGAGAGCGGAGGUGCAGAAAGCGAGCCCUCCACACUCACCCAGGGAGACUCCUCCACAUCUGCAGGACAGGAAGCUGCUGACGGGCCCCAAGCUGAACUGGCAGAGGCUCCGGCUCCCAGUGAAGAGGAACCCCAGCCCCCUGCGGCCCCCGGCGUCGGUCGUCCUCUCAGCCCCCGCCAGCGUCGUGCCCAGCAGCACAGCCAGCAGGGCCAGAGAGGAGAGGGCAGAGAAGCAGCCAGCAGGCUGGCCUUCAUCGCAGCACCUCACCAGCCUCAGGAUGACAGCCACGCAGGCUCAGCUGUGCUCAUCGUGGUGCUCACUCUGGCCCUGGCUGCGCUCAUCUUCCGCAGGAUCUACCUGGCCAACGAGUACAAGUUCGACUACGAGCUGUGACCGCGCCGGGCUGCCCCUCCUUCUCGGCACAGAGUCAGCACCUCCUCCUAUACCACCCCGACAGAACUAUGACCAGCUGCAGUGGAGCCAGAGCCGAGGCGGUCGCUGACACUGACAUUCUGCCCUCUCUGCUCAUUAGCACAGGGUUCAGUCUCCACUGAGGGGAAACUCUUGUUCCUGCAGAGGAGGCGCUCCACUCACCACAACACCUCCAGGGUGUCUUUUAAUCAAUGUGAAUUUUACUCUCCAGUCUCAUGCAUUUUUAAGAACGGGAAGCUUUGUUGUGUUUGUGAUCGGUUCACACACACACACACACACACACACACACACACACACACACACACACACACACACACACACACACACGUCCCCUUUCAUGUAAUUGUUGUCUAUCCUAGGGCUGCCACUUGUUCCCAUUAUUUAAUUAAAACUAUAAUAUAAUAUGUCAACAACAUGGAAUUAUUUGGGGAUUUUUGUCUCAAAGUAAUUAUUUGAUCAUGGAAUCAUCUGCACACAGUGUAUAUGCAGAGACUUCUUCUUCAUGUGCUUUAACUUCCUGAUAGGUCACUUCAGACACAACACAGGGCUCUGUUUUAAAGGCACCAGUGCAACGACCAGUGCAAAGUGUGCAAAGUGAGGGAUUAGAGUCUUAGCGUCUCUAAGCGUUCAUGUAUGUGCAGCAGUGCAAAGUGCUAAAGGACUGGGUGAAGUGGAAUAUAGAUGGGAGGGUGUGGUGAUUAAUAAAUACACUCUCAACCAUCGCUGACAACUUAACCAAUCACAGAGAAGCAUGACAACAGCUCAACAAAUGGAGUGACGUCUUGAUGUGAACAGCAAUGCUGUGGCUUUGUAACGGUUAAUGAAUACAAUGACAAUAGUUUGUUGAAGCUGUUUAUGUGAUUGCAUCAAUCCAGCGUUCUUUCAGUCAUAAUUUGAUGUUGUGACUGGUCACAGUAGCGUUUGCAGCGUAAUGCACUUCAAGAAUAAAACAGCACUUUGCUAAAAACGGUGGAAAGGAGCCAGUGAUGCAGAGGAAUAAUGAGGGCCGGUAAUCAACCAGUCUGAUGUGUGUAGAAGUGCGUGUGGUUGUUUUGUAGCAGCCUGGUGUCGUUCCACUGUGAUUUAAUCAAAGUAAACAGAGUGGAAGCCUGUGUGUAAUGGCACGGUGCUCUGGCAGAGGCUGUAGAUUAGAAUGAACUGAAGGAGGAGUUUUCAUACCAUGUUAUGCAGCUGUGGACAAUACAUACUGUAAGAAACAUCCAUCUUUCAUGCUGAUUUAGACACAUCUACUUGUUGGAGAUUGUUUUAAGACCCCUCCAGACAUUUUUUAAGACAUAUAAAAUAUAAUCUACUCUGCUUUGAAAUAAGAAUAUGUGACAAACAAAAGAUAAAAAUCCUCAAACUAACAUCCCCUCCUUCUCAAUCAUUAAAAAUCCAGAAUCUUUGAAUAUGCAAAUAUUGUUCAGUUCAAAAUGUUAACUGAGACAAAGAUGUCUCCUACUUCACUGUCAAGUUCAUUCACAGUGUUUGUGCACUGGAGGCUGCAAGUUUCCACAUCACACUUGUGUAGGUUGCAUACUGGACCGUGAUUGGCUCUGAAGUUGUGAUGUCACAAAAUCUUGCUGGUGUGUCCAGGUGUUAAACUGAGAUUGAAGGUGAGCUCAGAGAAACUUUCCUCCUUCAGCAGAUGAAUGAAAACAAAUUCUGCACUGUUCUGAACUGUUGCACAGUAUUCAGUAUUUAGUUUGCUUUUUUGUUGACAGAAUCUCCACUUUGGCAACGGAGUGACUUUGCUCCAGAAGCAGACCUGGAGUCAAUGCCACCAGCUCACUCUUAGCCUUGUGAUAACAGAAGUACUGAUUAAUGCAUCAACACAUUAAAACUUGUUUCACCACAUAAACUAGUUCUUAUGUAGAGAUUUACUGCAGAUUUACAACCACUAACAGCCAGGUGUUACUGUUUUGUAGGUGACUCAACCAACUGACAACAACUAGCUCACUGAUAUCUGACCUGCUGACAGUGAAGGUUGUUAGAGGUCAAAUGAAAUGUGCUCGUCAUAUCUGAUGUGACACUUCAUUGAACUGCUGUUUAAUCAUUUUAAUCACAUUUUACAAAAUAACAAUAAUACAACUCAAAUUGGGAGACAUAAAUAACGUUUUUAAGACUAAAUGUUUAAAUAAGGUUGCUUAAGUGUUGUAAUUGAAUAUUUCCUUCUCACUAUAAACUAGCAACAUGAAUGCUACCAGUGAUAAAACACAUAUGUUUUCCAUGUAUGUAGACUGUAUAAAUAAAACAAGGUUAUACCUACA